GAAGAUAAAAUAUACAUAUUUGAUCUUAAGAUUAAUUCGCUAACCUUAUAGUUCAAAACACAAUAACGCCGUAGUUUUAAUAAUAAAUGGCUCAUAGAUGGCACUUUGCUCUGUAAUUAUGAUUUGCAGCUUUUAAGGAUUUUAUUCUAAGUGAUGAAAUUGCGCAGACUCCAAAGAACUGUCAAAAUGGUCUCUCAAUGCUUUUGAAAAAUCUCCCAAGUAUGAAUUGAUGUGAUAUACUCGUAUCACUAAACGCUUUAACAUCCUUUCGGGAUACUGUAUUUUAAUUCAUCUCCACAUUCGAUGAUUAGUUGCGGACGUGUGUAAAGUCGUAUGAACCAGCUGGUGCGGAAAGUAUGAAAGUCAUUACCCACAUUAGCGAAUGAAGUUAAAAAGUCAUUAAGAUAAAGUUAAUUAUAAGCAGAAUGAGAACAGCACGCAAGAGGAGCGGACAUUAACAGUGUGUGAAAUAAGUGGAUAAUAAGAAUAAAACAAAUAAAACGCAUCGCAGCCGAUGAGAUUCGCUAAAUUUUUAUUAAAAGCAUUUCGCAACUAUUGCAAUAAAUGUCCUACUUUACAAAUGUGCAUGAAUUUCACCUUCCAUGACAAACAUCUUUAAGAAUCCUGACUUGUCCCGAACCUCUAACCAAGAUGAUCAGAAUUGUAGGUCUCAGCAUAGCCUGCAGUUUAGUGAUUAUAGUACUCAUACAUAUACCAACUGUAAGAUGCAAACGAAAAGAAAUGGCUGCCGGUCGUUUAGAAAAUGUAACACAAACAAUUGCCAAAAUUCUUCAGGGUUAUGACAUAAGACUUCGUCCAAAUUUUGGUGGUGAUCCACUACAUGUAGGCAUGGACCUCACAAUUGCUAGCUUUGACGCUAUAUCAGAAGUUAACAUGGACUAUACAAUAACAAUGUAUUUAAAUCAAUAUUGGCGUGACGAGCGGCUUGCUUUUAACGCAUAUGGACCUUAUUAUGAUGACGAUGCAGAUGACGACGGUGUUAAUGAUGUGCUCACACUAUCAGGAGAUUUUGCAGAGAAAAUUUGGGUACCUGAUACAUUUUUUGCAAAUGACAAAAACAGCUUUUUACAUGAUGUAACUGAGCGCAAUAAAUUGGUUCGAUUAGGAGGUGAUGGUGCGGUAACAUAUGGCAUGAGAUUUACUACGACACUGGCAUGUAUGAUGGAUUUGCAUUACUACCCCCUUGAUUCGCAAAAUUGCACAGUGGAAAUUGAAAGCUAUGGUUAUACGGUCAGUGAUGUAGUUAUGUAUUGGAAACCGACACCAGUACGUGGAGUUGAGGAUGCUGAACUGCCGCAGUUCACUAUUAUUGGAUAUGGAACAAAUGACCGAAAGGAGCGUUUGGCUACAGGUGUUUAUCAGCGCCUAUCACUCUCUUUCAAAUUACAACGCAACAUAGGAUACUUUGUAUUCCAAACAUAUUUACCAAGCAUCUUAAUUGUUAUGUUGUCUUGGGUAUCCUUUUGGAUUAACCACGAGGCAACCAGCGCGCGUGUCGCUUUAGGUAUUACGACUGUGCUCACAAUGACAACGAUUAGUACUGGUGUGCGUAGUUCCUUGCCAAGGAUAUCCUAUGUAAAAGCCAUCGAUAUUUAUUUAGUAAUGUGUUUUGUGUUUGUGUUCGCAGCAUUGCUCGAAUAUGCAGCCGUCAAUUAUACGUAUUGGGGUAAACGUGCCAAAAAGAAAGUGAAAAAGAGCAAGGACACCGAUGGCAGAAAAACUGGAAAAAAUGACAAAUCCGAAACGUGUUCAACAGCCGAGGACAUUAUUGAAUUGCAGGAUGUACGUAUGAGUCCUAUACCUUCAUUACGUAAAGGUAAUUACAAUAGUACACUCGGCUCUGUAGCCUCCGAGACACUAGACUUGGGUAAAUUUCCACCGAGCUUCCGUAUCACACGAAAUUAUGGAACAAAUCGCAAUAACUUACGUUACAGAGGUCAAAGAGGGACUGUCGGCAAACCACGCAUGCUGCACGCCUUGAAAAAAGGUGCCUCUGCCAUUAAAGCGACUAUACCAAAAAUCAAGGAUGUCAACAUUAUCGACAAAUACUCACGCAUGAUAUUUCCUAUUAGCUUUUUAGCUUUCAACAUGGGUUACUGGCUGUUCUAUAUCCUAGAAUGAUAACAGUCAAUAACACUUCACGCCAAAUAGGUUCACCCCUAAUAGUGUGUAGUGUUUAACUUUUAACUUGAAAUUGUAUCCAAUAUACUAAAAUACCUGAUAUUAUUAAAAUCCAUGACCAAAACGUCUACCAGAUUUUUAUAUAAAAACAUGAUCUCUUUAUAUGCACUUUAAACGCAUUUACAAGGAAUCAACUAACCAAUUUAAAAAUAUUGCAAGUUGCCAGAUUUGAACCCCACAUACUCCCAUUGGACUCUUGAGUAGAAUUUUAAAAGCGAAAUAAUCCAGUAAGGAUAUCCCAAACAAUUAAUAAAUUUUUAAAUGUGUAAUAAACAACAUUUUUCGAUA